CGGCCGGCGAGAUGGUUGUGAAAACUUUAUUUUCAUACUUUACAAUGUAGAGUGAAAAUAAACUUAUCUUUGUGAGCAAGUUUUCUCUGUAACGAGUAUAAAUAAAACAAAGCUGCGCUCAAGGCUCACACAAGAACUUGAAUCACAUCCUGAAGUUGGCUGCCACUCAGGAUGUGACUUCUGAUAUUGAUGUGCCGGUGAAAGCUAAAAGAUGUAAAGUAAAAUGAGUCAAAUAUACUUUAAGUGCUGCAUGAAACUGAUCUUGCCAUGUGAUCUGUAAGCUCUUUGAAUCACUAAGGAAUGUUUUUUUAUUUGUUGAUUUAUUUAUUUAUUUGUUUUUUUAUUUCAAAUUUUCAAGUACACUUCAGGUGUUGUACUUGUACUACACUGUCCUCAGGCUCCAGCCUUGUUUUAUAUUGAUUGUAUUAAAACAAAGAAAACAAUCUGAAGUUUUUUUAUUUAUUUACCGGUCCAGCCCACUUGGGACUAGAUUUCCCUCAAUGUGGCCCCUGAGCAAAAAUUAGUUUGACACCCCUGGUCUAGAUUGUUUCUCUUCAUAAUGAUGGAGAUCUUUUUUUAAUCCAGUUCUGCGGACUCUGCCCAAUUGAUUUAAUUGGACUGACUCCAGCUGGGUGAAGUCUAUCUAGUAUCUGUCUAUUGACUCGUCGAAGUUGCAGGGUCGUGCAACAGCCAGUGUUCCAUUUCAUCUGGACAGAGUAGAGUUUAUAAUCCAGUAUCCGUGAGUAUCUGACAGACUGCAGAUCAAUCUGCACAAAUCCUGUUUAGCAGCUGUUUUUCAGUUAGCUCGAUCUGAUCUGAGUGGUUAGCUUGGCCAACUGAUAAAUGCAGCAUGUGGACGGACAGUGACGAAAAACUCAGAUUCAUAUACACACCUGCUGCAUCAGUAAUUCUGUUGGUGUGAACACACAGAAUAGCUGUGGCCUCAUGAGUAACAUGCCUUAACGGCUCGAAAUAUUGUGAUCUUUUACCGUUGGGUACUUUUUAUUGGAUUAUUUCAGAAUUCGGGUUUGAAAACACCAGAAAAUAACAGUAAGAUUGUGUCUUCAUGGUAGUUCUUGGCGAGCAUUACAGGCCCACACUCUGCGUUAAACCCAGCUGUCGUUCACCCCCUCCAACAGCAAAGGGGCUGGGGAGAAUUGAUGAUCCAAAAUGACAAAAAUAGACAAAGCAGGAGAUGCUGUGUGGGUUAAGUGUUUAUGUCCGCAGUUGUUAACCCACAAAGAGGGAGUAGCCGAGGAAGAGUCGGCAGGACAAAGCCUGUGGAGCAGGCCAGGCACUGUCAGAACCAGAGGUGUAGAAGGAUGAGAGGUUUUGGCUGAUAGAAUAUGGAAAAGAAUGAAAAUGGAAGUAAGCUUUGCUGUCACAUUUUAAAAGUUUGGACCGCUUGUUGUUGGGUCGAUUAAUGCAGCCAGUAGAGGGGAAGUGGAAUGGAAAGCCUCGUGUCUGUGGACGCAAAGUGAGAUACUGUAAACACUGCAUGUUGGGGGCCGUCUAAAGGAUUGUGAAGACUCAUUUUGAAACUGAGGUAAAGCUGGGACCUUGAUUUCUAAGUUGGAACUAUGGGUAAUGGAGCAUCGUGUAAAUCCUGUGGAUCAGUGAAAGCUUUAAAGAGCAACGGGAGUGACUCAAAUCUGCACUCUGACUACUACAGGGCUGUUGACUCUGGUUCUGAACUGCAGGAUUUCCUGUCCGACAGCAGCACCAGUUUUCUUCGAGCUGCUCGAGCAGGAAACACUGACAAAGUCCUCGAAUUCCUAAAGAAUGGAGUGGACAUCAGUACAUGCAACCAGAAUGGACUCAAUGCAUUGCACCUGGCUGCUAAAGAAGGACACACGGAUUUAGUGGAGGAGUUGGUGCAGAGAGGAGCAUCUGUUGACUCCUCCACAAAGAAAGGAAACACGGCUCUCCACAUCGCCUCACUGGCUGGGCAAAGAGACGUAGUCAGACUGCUGGUGAACAGAGGGGCAGAUAUCAACUCUCAGUCACAGAAUGGCUUUACUCCACUCUACAUGGCAGCCCAGGAAAACCAUUUGGAGGUGGUGCGAUACCUGUUGGAGAACGAGGGGAACCAAAGUAUUGCAACAGAAGAUGGCUUCACUCCUCUCGCCAUCGCCCUCCAGCAGGGCCACAACUCAGUCGUCUCCCUGCUCCUGGAGCACGACACUAAAGGGAAGGUCCGCCUGCCGGCCCUGCACAUAGCAGCCCGCAAAGAUGACACCAAGUCGGCCGCUCUCCUGCUUCAGAAUGACCACAACGCUGAUGUCCAGUCUAAGAUGAUGGUCAAUAGAACCACAGAGAGCGGGUUCACCCCCCUGCACAUUGCUGCUCACUACGGCAACGUGAACGUCUCCACCCUGUUGCUGAAUAGAGGAGCUGCUGUUGACUUCACGGCCCGGAAUGGAAUAACACCUCUUCAUGUGGCCUCCAAGAGAGGCAACACCAAUAUGGUGGCUCUGCUGUUGGAUCGAGGAGCCCAGAUAGAUGCCAAAACAAGGGAUGGUCUGACUCCGCUGCACUGUGCAGCCAGAAGUGGACACGACGCAUCAGUGGAGCUUCUGCUGGAAAAAGGAGCCCCAAUUUUAGCAAGGACCAAGAAUGGACUGUCCCCGCUGCACAUGUCUGCCCAGGGAGACCACAUUGAGUGUGUGAAACUCCUGCUGCAGCACACGGCGCCUGUUGAUGACGUCACGCUCGACUAUCUCACGGCGCUGCACGUUGCAGCUCACUGUGGCCAUUACAGAGUCACCAAGCUGCUUCUGGACAAGAAGGCCAAUCCUAACACAAGAGCUCUGAAUGGGUUUACCCCUCUCCACAUCGCCUGUAAGAAGAACCGGGUGAAGGUGAUGGAGUUGUUGGUUAAAUACGGUGCUUCCAUCCAGGCGAUCACUGAGUCUGGGUUGACACCCAUCCACGUAGCAGCUUUCAUGGGUCACCUCAACAUCGUUCUGCUUUUGCUGCAGAACGGAGCCUCUCCCGAUGUCCGCAACAUUCGUGGUGAGACAGCUCUCCACAUGGCAGCGCGGGCAGGGCAGAUGGAAGUGGUUCGCUGUUUGUUGAGAAAUGGAGCGUUGGUGGACGCCAUGGCUAGGGAGGACCAGACUCCCCUCCACAUCGCAUCUCGUUUGGGGAAAACAGACAUUGUCCAGCUGCUGCUGCAGCACAUGGCCCAUCCAGAUGCUGCCACCACCAACGGCUACACUCCUCUCCACAUCUCAGCCAGAGAGGGUCAGGUAGAGACCGCUGCUGUGCUUCUCGAGGCUGGAGCGUCACACUCUCUGGCCACAAAGAAAGGCUUUACUCCCUUACAUGUAGCAGCUAAAUAUGGAAGCCUUGAUGUAGCUAAACUUCUCCUUCAACGAAGAGCUCUACCUAAUGAUGCUGGGAAGAAUGGUCUAACUCCACUACAUGUAGCAGCUCACUAUGACAACCAGGAGGUGGCUCUGCUGCUGCUGGAUAAAGGGGCAACACCUCAUGCUACUGCAAAGAAUGGCUACACUCCUCUCCACAUCGCAGCCAAAAAGAACCAGAGCAACAUCGCUUUAGCGCUACUGCAGUUCGAAGCAGAGACCAACGUUCUGACAAAGCAGGGGGUCAGUCCGCUGCACCUGGCGGCCCAGGAAGGGCACGCUGAGAUGGUCAGCCUGCUGCUACGCAAAGGAGCCCACAUCAACACCACCACCAAGAGUGGACUGACGCCUUUGCAUCUCGCAGCCCAAGAAGACAGAGUGAAUGCAGCAGAAGUAUUGGCGAAGCACGAUGCUAAUUUGGACCAGCAAACCAAACUCGGAUACACUCCUCUGAUCGUGGCGUGUCAUUAUGGCAACGUGAAGAUGGUUAACUUCCUGCUACAGCAAGGCGCCAGCAUCAAUGCUAAAACCAAGAAUGGUUACACACCUCUACAUCAGGCAGCACAACAAGGGAACACACACAUAAUCAAUGUUCUGCUGCAGCACGGGGCCAAGCCUAACAUGACCACGAUGAACGGGAACACUGCGCUGUCAAUUGCCAAGCGCCUGGGUUACAUCUCCGUGGUGGACACACUGAAGGUCGUCACUGAAGAGGUCAUCAUGACCACAACGACGGUGACAGAAAAACACAAACUCAACGUCCCAGAGACCAUGACUGAGAUCCUUGACGUGUCUGAUGAAGAAGCUCUGAAGGUGGAGGAUGAGCCAUUAUCUGAAAUGUCUGUGAGACUGGAAGGUGAAGACACAAUGACAGGUGAUGGGGGGGAGUACCUGAGAGCGGAGGACCUGAGAGAACUGGGAGACGACUCUCUGCCAGGACAGUACCUGGACAGCUUCAGCUACAUGAUCCACAACCUGGACAGCAGGCCUCAGGAUACUCCAGUUCACCAAACCUUCCGUCAGAGAGAAGGAGUUCUCAUUGAAGACAUACUCACGAGCCAUCAGGUGUCGGCACUGUCCAGAGAACACGACAAAGAGUCUUUUCGGCUGAGCUGGGGAGCUGAACACCUCGAUAACGUCGUGCUGUCCUCAACUCUGCUGCACUCUGGCCGUUCCUCUCCAUGCCUAGACCAUGACAACAGCAGUUUCCUGGUCAGCUUCAUGGUGGAUGCCAGAGGCGGAGCUAUGCGGGGCUGCCGUCAUAACGGCUUGCGGAUCAUCGUACCACCAAGAAAGUGUUCAGCGCCCACGCGGGUGACGUGCAGGCUGGUGAAGAGGCACCGUUUGGCCUCGAUGCCCCCAAUGGUGGAGGGUGAAGGGCUUGCUGGUCGCAUCAUUGAGGUGGGGCCCACUGGAGCGCAGUUCCUUGGUAAGCUGCACCUUCCCACCGCUCCCCCCCCUCUGAAUGAGGGUGAGAGCCUGGUCAGCCGUAUCCUGCAGCUGGGUCCUCCAGGAACAAAGUUCCUCGGGCCUGUGAUUGUAGAAAUUCCUCACUUUGCUGCUCUGCGAGGCACAGAGCGAGAGCUUGUGAUCUUGCGGAGUGAAUCCGGAGAGAGCUGGAAGGAGCAUCACUGUGACUUCACCGAAGAAGAGCUGAACCAGAUACUCAAUGGCAUGGAUGAAAAACUUGAUUCUCCUGAAGAGCUUGAGAAGAAAAGAAUCUGCCGCAUCAUCACCAGGGACUUCCCGCAGUAUUUUGCUGUUGUAUCCAGGAUAAAGCAGGACAGCCAUCUGAUUGGGCCAGAGGGUGGGGUCCUCAGUAGUAAUCUUGCACCUCAGGUCCAGGCUGUCUUCCCUGAGGGUGCCCUCACUAAAAAGAUCCGAGUUGGACUACAGGCUCAGCCUAUUGAUGCUGAUUUGGUGCGAAAGAUUCUUGGGAGCAAAGCGACAUUCAGCCCGAUUGUGACGUUAGAGCCGAGACGGAGGAAGUUCCAUAAACCCAUCACCAUGACGAUCCCCAUUCCCAACUCAGACGGGCCCAGUGCUGUGUACAGUGGGGAGACCCCCACUUUACGUUUGCUGUGCAGUAUUACAGGUGGAACCACCCCUGCACAAUGGGAGGACAUCACUGGCUCCACACCACUCACUUUUGUUAAUCAGUGUGUUUCCUUCACCACGAAUGUGUCAGCAAGGUUCUGGCUGAUAGACUGCAGGCAGACGCAGGAGUCCGUUAAUUUUGGAUCUCAGCUGUACAGAGAACUCAUCUGUGUCCCAUACAUGGCUAAGUUCGUCAUUUUUGCUAAGACGUUGGACCCCAUUGAGGCCCGGCUGCGCUGCUUUUGCAUGACAGACGACAAGAUGGACAAAACCCUGGAGCAGCAAGAGAACUUCACUGAAGUGGCCCGCAGCCGAGACGUAGAGGUUUUGGAGGGAAAGCCUAUAUACGCAGACUGCUUUGGAAACCUGGUACCUCUCACCAAGAGUGGACAGCACCAUGUGUUCAGCUUCUUUGCCUUCAAAGAAAAUCGUCUAGCCCUCUUUAUUAAAAUCAGAGAUACGGCACAGGAGCCAUGUGGUCGGCUGUCCUUCACCAAAGAACCGCGCACAUACCGGAGUCUCAACCACAACGCCAUCUGCAACCUCAACAUUACUCUGCCAACUUACUCAAAGGACUCAGAUUCAGAGCAAGAUGGAGAUGAUGAGAGUGAAAAGACUGACAAGAGAUAUGAUGAAUCAGAGUCAACUGAUUACUCCAUGAGAACUAGCCAACAUGUUGACUUUGCAACCCUUGCAAGUCCAGACCUUCUAUCAGACACGUCAGACAUCCGAACCUCCGCACCUUUUCCUACAGAAGUAUACGAGGAGAAAGCUAGAGCUGAUGGGUUGGAGAGGUCGUCAUGUGUUGGGGAAAAGCCCAACAAUUGGCCUGAAGAUGUUGGAGAAAUCCAAAAAGAUGGCAUGUCUACAAGUGGACUUAUGGUCAAAGACAUGACAGAUAUGGCCUCAAAAUGUAGCCCAGAUACAGAACAUCUGGAUCAGAAAACUGCAGUGACAUAUAAGCAUUCAGAAGAUUUUGCCCAAACCAGAUCUGAGCAGACUACUGUAUCGCGUGAUAGCAAACUCCCCCCAAAUAUCAAAAAGCCUAUCAGGAAGAAACUCAGAGACAGAGAGCUUUCUAGGUGUAGCAGCUCUGAAGGUGAGCUAGAAAGAGCAAGUUCUGAGGAGUCUUUAGAUAGUGAUCCUGUUCUCAGUGGGAGUGGGCUUAUAACUCAUUCAAACACAGAACCUCCAGUUUCUCCUCUAAUUAUUGAGACACCUAUAGGGUCUAUAAAAGAUAGGGUUAAAGCUUUCCAGACCAAGGCUGAACUGGAAGAAGCACAAAAGGUAGAAGAAGAAGGGGUACAGAACCUAACCUUGCAGUCUUCAGGUUCCUCUCUAGUUACUGAUACAUAUACAGGGUCUGUUAAAGACAGAGUUAAAGCUUUACACACCAAGGCUGAAAAGGGAGAGAUAUACAAACAAGCUAAAAGUCUAAAAAAUGAAGGGAAACUUUCUGUGAGCACAAAAAGGACAGAGGAAAUGAUGCCCGAACUUCCUAGACUUCCCAAGUCCCCUAAAUCCCCAAGGUCUCAGACAGAAAGAUUAGAAGAGACCAUGUCAGUGAUGGAGCUUUUGAAGUCAUUCCAAAUAGGGCAGGACCCAUCAAAAUGUAAAUCAGGGCUUUUUGAGCACAAAGCAGAACCUUCUACUUAUAUAAAAACGACAACAGACUCAGCAGAUUCUGAAAUGACACAUGAGACCGAACAGAGUCCAGAAAAUGAGCUGCAAUCAAAGAUGCAAACAAGGAGUUCCAUAAUUUCCCUUCAGCACGAUGGCAUAAAGGCAAGUGACAAAACAAACAUCAGGGACACAAAUAAUGCUGAAGAAGAAAGAGUUUCUGAUAGGCCUUCUGCUGGAAAAACAGUCAAGUUUGCUGAUACAGUUCAGUAUGAAAUUGUAAAUUAUGACACAGACAGAGAUCUAACAGAGAGUCAAUGGUCAGACAAGGACACUGUAUCCGUCAAGGAGCGCAUGAGAGUGUUUCAAACGGGGGAAGGAAUCCCCAAAAUUCCAUCACAGAAAGUAGUUUCUCCUUGCAUUUCAUCACUGAUACCCGAACCUCAAUCUUGUGAAGAGACACAAUCAGCCAAGCAAAGUUCUCCACAAGGGCUGAAAUCACAAGUCCAAGAUCAGAGCCUCACUGCUGUCCAUCUUCAGGCAGAUUCCAUCAUAGAAGAUCGCACAGAUUCAGAAGAUCAAACAGCAGAUCAUCAUUUGGGUGAUUCUUCUGCAGAUUCAGGUGGUUCCCUUUUGGAGACGACAGUGAUGUCUACUAUUAAAGUUCUAAGUGAUCCUAUACCAGUUGGCACUGGAGAAAGGAAACCAGAAAACCCCUCUGUGUCUGUAAAAGAGCUGAUGAAAACAUUUCAAACUGGUCGGGACUCCUUGAAAGCUAAAUCGGAUGAUUUUGGGUCAGCUGGCUUGAGAGAGAACCAGCGAACUAAACAUGAAGCGAUCACAGUGCCUCAGAAACAAAAUGAUCAGGAAAAAAAUGAAACUUUGGGUUCAAAGUUCCUAAAUGAUAGCUUAAAGGGAGAAAUGGAUGAUGAAUCCCAUCAAAGUUUAGACAUUACUUGUUUCACAGAAACAGCAAGACAAACCAAGAGGAUUCCCUUUGAUGAAGGAAAGGUUAGCCCUACGAUAGAAAAGACAGAGUUGUCAGAGAAAAGUCCAGAGCAGAUUAAGAUGGAAGAAUCCCUGCUGGGCACUAUCAGGACUUCAUUUGAUGAAACCCAGAUCAGUCCUGAUCGGAGAACUUCUGAGGACUUCAGCGCUGACAUAAAAGCUGAGUUGGAGGACAAUCCUGAGUAUCAACUAUUCAGGCAGACAUCAGCAGCUGCUAGUGUUAAUUACCAACCAUUCAGACCUGAGGAUGAGAUUUUGACAGAUGAUUCUGACACAAAUCCAGUUUAUAUCUUCAGCCCCAGUUUUGUAAGUGACAUCAGCCCUGGCAGUCCAGCGAGUUUUAAGCAUGAAGGUCUUGCCGAAUUGUCAGACACUAGAGCUGAUGGAAGAAAGUCUUGCUCCAGUUCAGAAGAGAUGGAGAAAUCUAAAGGACUCACAGCACCCCACCAAAUUGUCAGUCACAUGUUUACUCACUCCACAAGUAAAGAUGAAACAUAUGGCAAAUUUGCACAUGAAGAGACAAUAUAUGAAGCAACUAAAGAAAAUGUAACAGUUGAUCAUGAAACCAAACUGUUUUUUAUACCAAGUGAUACUGAAGAAACAGAGGUGAAGGAUCCAAAACAACAAGAUAUGAGAGAGGAAGAGACAAAAGACAAUCUGGAGACUAACAUAGUAGAAGUUGAAGAAUCAUCACGAAGAUCCGUUUUAGAGACACGGUUCCAACAAACUGUCUUUGGGAGAACGAUUGAUGCUAAACAGACUGAAAAAUAUAUGUCUGAAACAUUGCACCUCAGGAGUGACCUUGAUGUCCAUCUCAAAGAAAAGCCAGUGACAAAGAUAAAUUAUCCAGAUUCAGAAGAAGAAGAAGUUAGACUGCCAAGAGACAGUUUAAGGGAUGGGACAGGUGAAGUUAAAGAACUUUCAGCUAGUCCACCUUCAGAUACUCUAUUUCAAAAAGUUUACAUUGAAAGGCAGGUACAUUCAAAACAAUUGGUGACUGAGAAAAAUAUGUCAGGCAUGUUGUCACACCUCAGUAGUGACCUUGAUGAAUAUCACAACAAAAUUCCAGAAACUAAACAGAGACAUCCAAAUGAAGAUCUCAAUGAAAGACAUGAUGAAGCUAUAUUGCCUAAAGACAGCUUAAAGGAGAGGAAAGGAAAAGAGACCAAAGACAGUCAGCACGGUGAUGUAGUAGAAAUUAAUGAACCUGAAGUGAGUCCACCGUCUGAGACUACAUUCCAACAAUUUCACACUGAGAGGCAGGUAGACUUGAAACAGUCAUUAACUCAGAAGAACAUGUCUGGCAUGUUGUCACAUCUGAGUAGUGACCUUUAUGAGUAUCUAAAAGAAAAGCCAGUAACAACACAAAGCCCACUAGAGAAAGACUUGGUCAAUGAAACAUGUGAAGAAAUCAAACUAUCUAGAGAACGUUUAGUAGACAGGAGGGAAGAAAGGCCAAAAGAAACCUUGCAAGCUGCUGUGGGAAUAAUGGAGGAACCAUCGUCAAAUGCAGUUGUAGAGACUCAAUUCCAACAAGUGUACAUUGAGAGGCAGGUAGCCACAAAACAGACUGAAAAGAACAUGUCUGGCAUGUUGUCACAUCUCAGUAGUGACCUUGAGGAACAUCUCAAAGAGAAGCCAGUAACAAAACAAAGCCCACUAGAAAAAGACUUGGUCAGUGAAAGUUGUGAAGAAACCAAGUUGUCUAGAGAAAGAUUAGAGGACAGAACGGAGGAAACCUUGCAAGCUGCUGUGGGAAUAAUGGAGGAACCAUCAUCAAAUGCAGUUGUAGAGACUCAAUUCCAACAAGUGUACAUUGAGAGGCAGGAAGCCUCAAAACAGACUGAAAAGAACAUGUCUGGCAUGUUGUCACAUCUCAGUAGUGACCUUGAGGAAGAUCUCAAAGAGAAGCCAGUAACAAAACAAAGCCCAUUAGAAAAAGACUUGGUCAGUGAAAGUUGUGAAGAAACCAAGUUGUCUAGAGAAAGAUUAGAGGACAGAACGGAGGAAACCUUGCAAGCUGCUGUGGGAAUAAUGGAGGAACCAUCAUCAAAUGCAGUUGUAGAGACUCAAUUCCAACAAGUGUACAUUGAGAGGCAGGAAGCCUCAAAACAGACUGAGAAGAACAUGUCGGGGAUGUUGUCACACCUCAAUAGUAACCUUGAUGUAUAUCUCAAAGAAAUGCCAGUGACAAAACAAAGCCAUUUAGAUGAAGAUCUAGUCGGUGAGAGCUGUGAAGAUGUUAAAUGGUCAAGGGACAGUUUAGAUGACAGGAGGUGGGGAGAGCCUACAGAAAGCCAGCAGACUGCUAAAGUAGAAGUUGACGAAUCAUCACCAAACUCUGUUUUAGAGACUCCAUUCCAACAAAUCUAUAAUGAAAGGCAGGUUCACUCAAAACAAACUGAGAAGGAUUUGUCUGGCAUGUUGUCACAUCUCAGCAGUGACCUUGAGGAAUACCUCAAAGAAAAUCCAGUAACAAAACAAAGCCAUCAAGAGAAAGACUUGGUCAGUGAGACUUGUGAAGAAAUCAGAUUGUCUAGAGAAACUUUACAAGACAGGAGAGAAGAAAAGUCAAAAGAAACUUGGCAGGCUGCUGUGGGAGAAACGGAGGAACCAUUGUUAAGUCCAACUUUAGAAACUCCAUUCCAGCAAGUUUACAUUGAGAGGCAGGUCCACUCAAAACAAUCAUUGACUCAGAAGAACAUGUCAGGAAUGUUGUCACACCUCAGUAGUGACCUUGAUGGAUAUUUCAAAAACAAGCCAAUGACCAAACAAAGCCAUCCAGAUGAAGAUCUAGUCAGUGAGAGCUGGGAAGAUGUUAAAUGGUCAAGGGACAAUUUAAACGGCAGGAGGUGGGAAGAGCCAACAGAAAGCCAGCGGACUGCUAUAGUAGACGUUGACGAAUCAUCACCAAAUUCAGUUAUAGAGACUCCAUUCCAACAAGUCUACAUUGAAAGGCAGGAAACCUCCAAACAGGCUGAGAAGAUUUCAUCCAACAUGUUGUCAUAUCUCAGUAGGGACCUUGAGGAAUAUCUCAAAGAAAAGCCAGUAACAAAACAAAGUCUUCCAGAGGAAGACUUGGUCAAUGAGAGUUGUGAAGAACUCAGAUUGUUUAAAGAAGGUUUGGAAGACAGGAGGGAGGAAACUUCAAAAGAAUUCAGGCAUGUGGUAGAAGUUGAUGAAUCAUCAUCAAAUGCAGUUUUAGAGACUCCAUUCCAACAAGUCUACAUUGAAAGGAAGGAAGCCUCAAAAAUGAUUGGGAAGAACAUGUCUGGCAUGUUGUCACACCUCACCAGUGACCUUGAGGAACAUCUCAAAGAAAAGCCAGUAAAAAAACAAAGCCAUCAAGAGAAAGACUUGGUCAGUGAGGCUUGUGAAGAACUCAGAUUGUCUAGAGAAACUUUAGAAGACAGAAGGGGGGAAAAGCCAAAAGAAAGUUGGCAGGCUGCUGUGGGAGAAAUGGAGGAACCAUUGUUAAGUCCAACGAUAGAAACUCCAUUCCAACAAGUUUACAUUGAGAGGCAGGUCCACUCAAAACAAUCAUUUACUCAGAAGAACAUGUCAGAGAUGUUGUCACACCUCAGUUGUGACCUUGAUGGAUAUCUUACAGAAAGACCAGUAACAAAACAAAGCCCCCUAGAGAAAGACUUGGUCAAUGAAAGUUGUGAAGAACUCAAAAUGUCUAGAGAACAUUUAGAUUACAGGAGGGAGGAAAAGCCAAAAAGACCCUUGCAGGCUUCUGUAGGAGAAAUGGAGGAACCAUCAUCAAGUCCACCUUUAGAGACUCCAUUUCAGCAAGUCUACACUGAGAGUCAGAUAGCCUCUAAACAAACUGAGAAGGAUUUGUCUGGCAUGUUGUCACACCUCACCAGUGACCUUGAGGAAUACCUCAAAGAAAAUCCAGUAACAAAACAAAGCCAUCAAGAGAAAGACUUGGUCAGUGAGACUUGUGAAGAAAUCAGAUUGUCUAGAGAAACUUUACAAGACAGGAGAGAAGAAAAGCCAAAAGAAACCUGGCAGGCUGCUGUGGGAGAAACGGAGGAACCAUUGUUAAGUCCAACUUUAGAAACUCCAUUCCAGCAAGUUUACAUUGAGAGGCAGGUCCACUCAAAACAAACAUUCACUCAGAAGAACAUGUCAGGAAUGUUGUCACACCUCAGUAGUGACCUUGAAGGAUAUUUCAAAGACAAGCCAAUGACUAAACAAAGCCAUCCAGAUGAAGAUCUAGUCAGUGAGAGCUGUGAAGAUGUUAAAUGGUCAAGGGACAGUUUAAAUGACAGGAGGUGGGAAGAGCCAACAGAAAGCCAGCGGACUGCUAUAGUAGACGUUGACGAAUCAUCACCAAAUUCAGUUAUAGAGACUCCAUUCCAACAAGUCUACAUUGAAAGGCAGGAAACCUCCAAACAGGCUGAGAAGAUUUCAUCCAACAUGUUGUCAUAUCUCAGUAGGGACCUUGAGGAAUAUCUCAAAGAAAAGCCAGUAACAAAACAAAGCCUUCCAGAGGAAGACUUGGUCAAUGAGAGUUGUGAAGAACUCAGAUUGUUUAAAGAAGGUUUGGAAGACAGGAGGGAGGAAACUUCAAAAGAAUUUGGGCAUGUGGUAGAAGUUGAUGAAUCAUCAUCAAAUGCAGUUUUAGAGACUCCAUUCCAACAAGUCUACACUGAAAGGAAGGAAGCCUCAAAAACGAUUGGGAAGAACAUGUCUGGCAUGCUGUCACACCUCACCAGUGACCUAGAGGAACAUCUCAAAGAAAACCCAAUGACAAACCCAAGCAAUUCAGAUGUUGACCUUAUUCAUGAAUAUUGUAAAAAGGUAACAUUGACUACAAAGACUGAAAAGAAUAUGCAUUCAUUCUCUUAUGAUGACAGCCAGUUUGGUAGAGACCAAUCAUGGUUUGAUGACAAUAAUGAUCCCAGGAGAAACGUAUCAGUUGAGAGUGCAGCAACCACUUCAGAAAGAGCAGCAUUUCAUCCUAAAGAAUCUUCUGAAGGGACAGUGAACAAUGCAAAGUCAUUUGCAAUUAUACUUAAUAAUACAACUGAUAAAGAAAAUGUCAAUGUGGAUGCUUCUAUUUCACAUAUAGAAACACCAGAUUUGUCACAACUUCCAAAUACUUGUGAUGUAAAAAAACGACCAGUUGAUUUAGAUUACCUGAACACAGUAAGGUCUGAUGACUCUGAUAAAGAGUCCUGUCAUCAGGAUUCAUUGGAGGCAAGCCCUCUCGUGGAAGAUAGAUCAUCAGAGAAAUCCCCAGAUUCUAUCGAGCCAAGUCCCACCAAAGAAUCUCCAUGUCGGGACUCUCUUGAAGGAAGUCCUACUGAAAUCAAGGAUCCAGAACAUCAGUUGCCAGUGAAGACAGCUUUAUAUGAAGAUUAUGCUUCCCAGCUCAAAGUGUGUUUUACAUAUGACAAAAGCAUUUACACAGAUGAGUGGGAUAAGGAAGAGGACAAGGUUGAGAUUACACCAACAGACAAGGAUUCCACAGACAGAGUUGGUGAACUCACAUGCUCAAAUGAAAGUCUGCGCAUACUCCUCAGACAAGACUCUCUUCACACAGAUGGUGAGGAUGAUCCCACCACUAAACAAUUAACUUCAGAAGAAGAAAUGUUUAAAAUAGCUGUAAAAAUCAAAACCUUUGAGGAGAUGGAGCAGGAGUCUAGAAUCAAAGGAGAUAAACGUCUAGAUGCUACUUCGCCAGUUGAGACAUGUGAUCAUGAGGUUGACGACAGAGAUUUAAAAGAUGCACUACGGAGUUGUUCUAAAGGAGAUAAAAGAGAAAGUACUAAUGACCAGUGUAAGUUAAUAAAUGAUCCAUGCAUUACAGAGAAGAAAGACAGUCAUCUGCCUUUUGGAACUUCUCAGUCUAUUGAUGAAUCUCUACAAUUGGCUGCAGAAAACAAAAAGGAAGAUGAUAAUGAUGAGGUCUCUGUGCCUUUUUCUGCAGAAAGACAAACAGACAUCUACAACGACAAGUCAGAAGUAACUGAUGCUUAUUAUACCUGCUCGCUAACAGAGCAGCACCCUUCGCAUGAUGAUAAAACAAUUGAGCGUACAUUGCCAGAUGGUUUGGAGUUUGCCAGCGAACCACAGGCAGAGGAAAAUUUGGCAAAGUGUGAUAGUUACGGUAAUGUCAUCUCAGAGUCACAAGCUGGGACUGAGGAACAAAUACACUUUAGUUCUGCUGAAUGCCCCAAAACACCAGAAAAAGCAACACUUCAGACACCAGGCAGUGCAAGUAGCCCUAAUCCAUUUCAAUUUCAAGAAGGGAAGCUGUUUGAAAUGACUAGAGGAGGAGCUAUUGACAUGACAAGAAGAACUCUAGACGAAGAGGAAGGAUAUACAUUUUUUCAUGUUGGAGAAAAUCUUCGAGAACAUGAUGAAGUUCCAGAUGCAUCUCAAGAAAACAUUGAUUCUGUUUCAGACAAAACUGUUCAAGGGACCCCUAAAUCACAGCUGAAUCAGAGCAUCAGUGGUGCAGUUUCUAGUCGUAAACCUGAAGCUCUAAAAUUCACUUGUAACAAUUCAGAGCCAGAUGUUAAAAUUUGUUGCCCCAAUGCUCCCACAAAUAGUCAAGCGGAGGCUGAAAGUCUUGGAAACCUUGGUCUAGACUAUCUAGAAUACACAAUAGCUGAUCUUAAGACAGACACAUUAUCGGCUGGUCAUGUGGUGUGUUCAGACUCCUCCUCCUCCAGUGAUGAUGGUGAGUUUGAGGAGGAUGAAGAGCAGUGCUCAGUCGUAGAACUGACCUUUCCAGCUUCAGAGUCUGAUAUUCAAGCAUUUCGUCACAGUUCUCCUCCGUCCCCGGUAGUGAAAUCAGUGUGCACAUUUGGAGAGGGCAGAUUCCUGAAAGAUCCACAGAUAUCAGAGUCUGCUCAAAUCUACAGAAAAGUAGAAAAAAUCUCUGUCUUCAACCGUAGGACUAGAUCUGAGGCAAGCAAUACAAGUAACACCACUAAUAAAGUUAGGAGUUAUUCUGAGAGUAGUGAACCAUCUAAUGUAGCUAACAUUUCUCCCUCCAAAACUACUCCUGCAGUGCAAGAGGAUGAUACAAUUCCCUCCUGUGCUCGACCUAAAAAGGACAUCCAACUCUUUGACACAGUGGAAACAUCUGUUAGGUCUUCUUUGGAAACUGAUGAUAGGAGCAGCUCUAGUCACAUUAGUGUAGAUUCAGUAAUCUUCACAUAUGACAUUCCAGCUUCACAUAGUUCAGACUCUGAUGGCAGUCAGCUGCCUGCUGUGCAUCCAUCUUGUGGGACAGAAGAUGUGUUUGAGUCCAGGCCUGCCUGGGAUGACACAGUGGAAACUCAGAUGCAGAGAGUCGUUGAUGGUCAAUCUCCAGAUGGUACAUCAGCUGACUGGCAGGAUGAUGCUGACAGGAAAGAGGAGACAUUAGCAAUAAUUGCUGAUCUUCUUGGAUUCAGCUGGACUGAGCUCGCACGAGAACUAGAAUUUAGUGAGGAGGACAUUCAGGUUGUGAGAACAGAGAAUCCUAAUUCUCUGCAGGAGCAAAGCCACGCUUUGCUGCAACGUUGGGUCGAACGUGAAGGCAAACAUGCCACAGAAGAUUGCCUGAUAAAGAGACUGACCAAGAUUAACCGGAUGGACAUAGUUCAUCUAAUUGAAACCCAGAUGAACAAGUCCAUUCAAGAGCAGACAUCUCGGACCUACGCAGAGAUAGAAAAGACGCUGGACCACAGUGAAGUCUCAGUAGCUCUGUCGUCAGUGCAAGAAGACACAGACAGCCCCAGGAUUGUUAGGAGGGUUGAGUCAGACCGUAAACCACCUCCGGCCGUUUCUGAAGAAGACCUCUCAGUUGCUUCCCUUCUGGACAUUCCUUCGUGGGCAGAGCCUGCAGGACAAAUCCACUCUGAGAGUGUACACGGAGACCUUUUGGAUGAGCUUGAGAUCCCACAUGAACUGAACACUAACCUGUGGACCCCAGAGGAAGUUAAUACUCAAGAAUCUGCAAGUCAUUACAACUCAGAUGAACAAGUUUCAUCUGCAUCUUCCAAGAUAAAUCUUUCUCAAUCACCAAAAGGGGAAAAUGUGGCCUUAGGACUAAGUCACGGUUUACCACCUGAGACACAUUUAAUGGCAGCUAAACUAGAGUUACCUCCUCCAGCUACCUUGGACUUCAUUAAUACACAACCUGACGUCAAAAUGACUGGUCAAAGCAGCUCAUCACUAACAGAAGAAGAACGGCUCCAAUUGCGAGGACAAACCAAAGACUCUGGAGUAGUGAAGCAAGAAAUCCAAGACAGUUCAAAUGUAGUCACCAGAAAAUCUUCUGACUCCCCUCCAACUUCACCGGGAUCUGGUUCUCCUCAGCUGGAUCAGCUUCUGUCUGAUUUAAAGGAGAUGAAACUCAAGUUUAGACCAGAGACACUUGACUCCCCUUUCUCCGAGCCUUUUGACGAAAGCUCUGAAGAGGAGGAAGCUUAUAUGUUUGAAGAGCUUUCACCUGAGGAUCAGUCUCCAACAGAAAAAAGUCAAAGCAGAACAGAGGUGGCUGCAGCAGGUGCUUUUGAAAUUCAAAACGCUAACCAUGAAGCGAUAACUCUACCUACGGAAAUGCUUUCUGCUUCCAACUCUUCCCAAAUUGAACCAUCUCUGAGCUCGUUCAAGCAGGCUGUGAAUGCCGCUGAAGAUUCCACGCCUGGCGAGACUUUGAUGUCUACUUUUGGGGGAGAUUUUAAAAGCAGUAUUCCUAUAAGUCAGGGAAAGCCAGGCUUACCUACCCAACAUGUUGACUCAAAGAGUGCGACAGCAAAAACAUCUGCACGGAUCUACAAAGAUCAGGAUUUAUGGGAAACCUGUCCUGAAUCAGUGUCACCCCAGUCUGAUUUUACUCCUGGUACAGUCACAUCUGCAAGACAUCUCAGCUUUGAGGAGAUGAUCCCAUACAGAUCCUCUCAGAGCCCAGAGGUACCUUCAGAUGAAGUUAGGCCAGGAACUUGUGAGCGGCAUGCUGAAGAAAACCUGAGUCCUGUUGGUUUUGAGGGGUUUGCCUCUCAGUCGUCUUUAUUCCAACAGACACCUGAGAUGACUUCCGAUGAGGAGUACAGCAUUCCACUUGGUAGAGCAGAGACUUCCUCUGACUCCGAUAACCACGUCCACACCCCUAAGAGGCCUGCAGACUUUGAACAUUCUGACCUGGAGUCGUACUUCGACUGCAAACAAGGAGUCUCUGAUUUUUCAGAGCCUGAACUUGAUGGAGCUGAUAUUACAGCGAGAUUAAAGGAAGGUCAGAUCCCAGAUGAGCUGAGCCACAGUGGAAGGCAGAAAAAGGCGAGUCAGAAAAUGCUGCUGUCUUCUGGGAGCGAAGACUAUGAAGAUGCCCCUUUAGCUCUUGAUUAUCAUCACCUUGUGCACGAAAAGAGGGAAGCAUCAGAAGAAGAAUACUCUAUGAGCAAAACGUCACAACUUCCUGAAACAAAUGAUACUGUCAAAUCUCUGAGGAGGGAGAUCACCGCAGAGCUCGGGUCCAUGUCAGAAAGUUCAGAUGAUGAGUUUUUGACCACCAGAAUAAUACGAAGGAGAGUUGUCAUUCAGGCUGAUGAAAUGCCUGACCUCCCCAGUCAGUUAGUGAGUGAGGAGAGGUACAAGGACGAAAACGGACACAUAGUCAUCAAAAGGGUUACACGAAAAGUCAUCCGCAAGUGUGUUUCAUCCGAUGGUGUGGAGCGUGAAGAGAUGUCAGCUGGAGAUGUGCAGGAGUUCUUCGCUCCAGCAGACGGAGACAGGUACUCCAAAGUGGUGAAGAGGACUGUCAUAAAAAGUGAUGGAGACCACACCGAGGUGACAUUUGCUACACAUGAAGGUUUCCCUUCAUCCAGUCAACAAGCAGCUACUUCCUGUGAGCUCAGUCGGACCGACAAAGCAUUAGUGGAGGGUGAGCGAACGAUGACUACUCAUGGUGAUGCAUCUUUAUCAACUGACCUCCCAUCAGCCCAAGAUGACUUCAAUCAGGCACUGGGUUAUCUCUGUGGUUUGAGCAGAUCAGAACUCCCUCCUGUGGUAGAAACAGAGACUGUCAGAGAAAAUGGGACUGUGAUCAGAAGGGCCCGCAUGCGUAAAUCUAACAUCCUCAAACAAACAGUGGUGAAGGGAGAUGGACAGAGCCGACAAGUCCUCCCAGAGCAAGUGGACACCCCCAGAGCCCGUGAUCUCCUGCAGCAACUCCACCCGCUCUUUCACCGCUGCUACGAACAAGAAGAAAACAAAGAACAAAGAGUAGAAGAAUAAGGAACUCUCUCCCCUUCUCCCCCUGCUCUAUCCACGCUGAAGUCCCUGCUGAUCCUAUGCAUUCUCCACAUGCAAUCCCAGUGUACACCUCAGAGAAACCAGUUUUCCCAUUUUAGCCCUGGAAGAUGGCAUUGUUGUUCUCGUAGACGAGUUUUUUCUGUAGUAAUAUAUAUUUCCGAGUUUUAUUUUUGAUGUUCUUGUGGAGUUUUUUUUUUUUUUGCCUUUUUUAUGACCAAAGAAAGCCUUCAGUUGUUACCCUGAUUAAUUUUACUUUGAAUGUAGAAAUCUUAAUUUUGUCUUGAACAUUUGGUAGAUAAAGAAUAAAAACUGUUCAGAUCUAACUCACAAACCUCAGACGAUGAGACAGGAUUCCACUUUGCACUGGCUCCGAAAACUGAAACCAUUUCCUUUCUGCUUUUUGUUUUCAUUGGUUCAGGCGAUGAUGUCACUAACAGAAAAGCUGAUUAUGCUAACAGCUGCUGUCGUGUUUUGUGUAGACUACGUGUACUCUUGUCUUUGAUAAUGAUAUAUUAUCUAUAAUCAGAAAAAGCUGUAGCCUAGGAUUAAUAAUCACCCAUCUAGUAGAAAAGGCAUGGCUAAUCAACGUCUGUCAGUUUGAUCCCAGCUUUGACAUUUAAACGUUCCUUUCCCUCUCUGUUUCUUUUUUUUAUUAUGUUUUAUUUAUUUAUUUAACUCCUGUUGUAUGGAUGGUGAAUGUGACUAACCAGACUUCUGCAGUGACUGCUGGUUUCAGUACUUUAUCUUUAACAAUGUGUAAACUUUUGUUUAGAAAUGUCUUUUUUUUAGUUGCUCAAAAUAUAUUUUAGACUGAUUGUUUCUUUUCAAAAGUCCUCAGUUUGUCACCGAGUAACAGAACAAUCACAGCUGUUCUACUGUUACAUUUCUUUGUGAAAAAGUAAUCAGGUGUUUCCUGUUUUAUUUUAAACUUUUAUUAGUUCACAUUUUGGAUAAGACCGUGUGAGCGAGCGUGUGGUGAAAGAGAACGUGUGCUGUUUAUUUUACACUGACUGCUUUUGCACUCUUGAAUGUGAGGCGAGAACACCUCCACGCUUUGUGCACAGGUUAUUAGGUUCUGCAGCGAUACUAAAAGCAUCCGAGUAAAAGCUCAAUAAUCAGUUUUACACAGCUCUGUUCCUUUAUGUACCCACCACGUGUAUUUACAUCACUUCUCACUUUCUUUGCCAUUUAGAAAAAUGUCAGAUGCAAAUUAGGCAAAGUUCACUGUGACAGUAUGCUUUUAAUUUGAAAGAUCAGCAUCCCUUUUCUGUGAUGACAGUUACAUAUACAUAUACAGUACAUAUAUAUAUAUAAAUAUCUUCGAGGGCAUGUGUUACUGUAUCAGAUUUCAAAAAGUAAAUACAAACCGGCUGCAGUGUAUUUAUGGCUGAUAGAAAUAAAAGUCUACCAAUU